CCUGGGGUGGGCGAGAGAAGUUCUAGAGGCGGGCACGUGCGUCGAGAAACUCAGGUCCCUCGUUCAGGCAGCACCUGCUGCAGCGGCCAAGGGAGGGCCGGGUUCGGUAUUUCCUGUGGAAAUCCCAUAGCGUUCAGCUCCUCCUCUCCAUUCCUCCCCACCCCCGUGCGUGUUUGUGGGUUGGGGACUGAGGAAGGAGGAGAGCGUCGGCUGUUGUCGCUUCUGCCUUCUGCGUCUGACCCCCACCCCCACCGCUCCCCACUCCUGGUCGCCUUCUUCCCCUCGGCUGCGGCGUCCCGGCGCGGCCACCACCGGCCUCCAGUAGCAGCGUAUUCCGAGCCCGCCUCCGGACCGACCGACCUUCCCCCUACGCGCGCCCCUUUCCGUCUCCUGAGAGGAGAAAAGGGGGGGGGGUCGCCAGGCUCCCGCAGUGCUUCUCCAAUGGGCAGUUUGCUGAGCGGAGUCAGCUUCAAGGAGCCCACCACGGUGGAGGACUGUGACUCUACCUGGGAGACGGACUCGGAGCCGGAGCUACAGGACCCCGGCGGGGAAGAAGGGCCACCGCUGGACCAGGCGAGCAGUGGCGACGACGACCCAGCUGCUGACCAGCACCGGCGGCAGCAGCAGCAGCAGCAGCAAGAGGAACCGCUCCCUGCGGCAGGCGGCCGGCCGGAAGACGCCGAGAACCGCGAAGGGGCUGUCAAGGAGGAAGAGGAGGAGGAGGAGGAAAAGGAAGGCGAAGAGGGGGUGGCAGAAGAAGACGAACCUGAGGGCAGGGAGCACGAAGAGACAGAAGCCCCCAGCCCCGAACAGGGGGAUGAUUCAAUUGAUGUGUCAGCUAAACCAAAGAGAAGUUUUUAUGCUGCAAGAGACUUAUAUAAAUAUCGUCAUCAAUAUCCACAGAACUUUAAAGAGUUACGAUAUCAGAAUGAUUUGUGCAACCUCCGCUUUUACAAGAACAAAAUUCCCUUUAAACCUGAUGGGGUUUAUAUUGAAGAGGUCCUGAAUAAAUGGAAAGGAGAUUAUGAAAAGUUGGAACACAAUCACACUUACAUACAAUGGCUGUUUCCACUUAGAGAACAAGGAUUGAAUUUCUAUGCAAAAGAAUUAACAACCUGUGAAAUUGAGGAGUUCAAAAAAACAAAAGAAGCAAUUCGAAGAUUCCUGUUAGCUUACAAAAUGAUGCUGGAGUUUUUUGGGAUAAAAUUAAUUGAUAAAACUGGGAAUGUAGCACGAGCUGCUAACUGGCAAGAAAGAUUCCAGCACUUGAAUGAAUCCCAACAUAAUUAUCUGAGAAUCACCCGAAUUCUGAAGAGCCUUGGUGAACUUGGUUAUGAGAGUUUCAAGCCUCCUCUUGUAAAAUUGAUUCUUCAUGAGGCUCUUGUGGAAGAAACAAUCCCCAACAUUAAGCAGAGUGCUUUGGAAUAUUUUGUGUAUACCAUUAGAGAUCGAAGAGAGAGGAGGAAACUUCUACGGUUCGCCCAACAGCACUACACACCCGCUGACCAUUUCAUAUGGGGGCCACCAAGGAAGCAGAAGUUGGAGGGAAGCAAACCAAGUAAAAAGCCGGCUUCGCCAGUGUCCCUUUGCAACAGCUCUACUUGUAAACAUAAAAAGACAAAGGAUUUCAAGAAUGUAUCUGAAAUUUGUAACUCAAGGAAUAAAACUAACGACGAGAAAAAGACAGAGCAUAUUAAAAAUGGUACAGAUAGUGAUCAGAGUAAGAAACACAGCCCCCCUGAAGUUGUUAAGCAGAGCAGUAUGGUAAAGAACAGCAGUGCUGAAUGUCACAACUCUAAAGUGGACAUUGCUGAGCCUUUGAAUCAGAAGGAAACUAUUUCCCAUUUUAAAAAACAUAAAGGCAAAAACAAGGAAAAUGUUAGCCAAGACUGCAAACAUUUGGAAGAUAUAGAAAAAGAUUCAUGUGAGAAUAAAAAUGAUUCAACAAAUAUAUCAGCAGAUAUGCAAGACAAUAUAUGUAAGGAUAAAAACCUGGUGAGCUCAUCUGUAAGAAACACAGAGUGAAAUCUGCUGAAUAUGACAAAAUGGUUUUUCACUUGCAGAAAAUUGGUAAGGAAUAGAAGGUCUUGAUACUGGACCCAGUGCUGACUACAUCAGCUUAGCCUCUGUGGGGUUGUGGCUUCUUUAAUUUGUUUGUGGUUUGUACUUCCCACAGCUGUGUAUUAAGCUUACUAACUGCAUAAUGCUUAAGCCUAAGGAAAAAAAAACUUCCUUUAAAUCAGUUUUCUAUGCAUAAAUAUCUAAUGUUGAUUUUUAUCAUUCAUUUUAUUUAAACUCUUCUAAUUAAUUUUAAGGUGGUUUUUUUUCCAAAGGAUGGGUGCCAGAUAGAUUUUCAAGGAGCCAUGGCAGAGUGUCUCUUCAGCAGAUAACUAAGCUAAUGUUUAGCAUGCCUACCACUGCUUAAAAAUGGGAAGAAAGCUGUAUUCUUAUUUAACGCAGGAAGUGGACCUCAGAGACUUGAAUGAAAGUAUGAGCAGAGCCUUGAAUCACACUGGGCAAGCUGUAUUAAUUCAGCCUCAGUUCCAGGUUUGACUAUUAGGAAUAAUAAUUACUUUCCUUGGGUUAUUCCAAGAAAAUACAGCAAAGUAGCAAAUCACUACAGUUUGCAUACCAGCACCCCUUGCCCCAACAUACUCUUAGUUUUGUUACUGCCAUUUCUCUUGAUGUCUCCUCUAAUACAAUGUACUAAAUGAAGUGUUGGACUUGGAAAAAUAGGAUUCAGUACUGUUAAGGGAGUAUACGGUAUUUAAAAGUUUUAAAUAAAUAAUAAACCCUGGCUCAGGUAUAAUACUCGCAAUGAAAGCUUGGACAGGUAAUACUCAUUUAUCCUAAUGGUACAUCAGCAAAGUUCUUGUGAAGGAAAAAUGGGAUAAAAUGUAUUAUGCUUGCAUGCUUUCUACUUCCCAUUAUUUAUUAUCCCAAUUCAUCCCCCUACUUGGUUGUUGUUGUUCUUCUUUGCAUGGAGUUGCACACCACUGAGAAUGAAGGCAAGCAUUUUAUCCAUGUUUACUUCAGUAUCUGGAGCAAUCACUGAUAGGAGGGAAUAAUUCCACUUGAGAGGUUUCAUUCCUGUAGAAUAAAACAGUAAAAUGUUUUAAAUAUUGCAAAGACAAAAAAAUUUGCCUGCCCAGCUACUAAGGCAGAAGAACACUCUUUUAAAUAUAAUAUUUUCUUCUCAUAAUUUCAAAAUGGAUUUAAAGAGCCCUUUAUAGAGAGGAGCUUUCAUCUUAUUUUUUCCCAGCCUUCCUGAAAAUUCCUGCCAGUAUUUUCACUGUUAGAGACCACAUAAGGAAAACCUUCUAAGCAUGUUGGUGUUUGCAUAAUGAAUCUCACUGUUCUCUUGCUUGCUUCUCCCCCUCUCCCCCUCUGGUCCACAAGUAUUCCCAGGCAAGAAGUUACAUGGCUAAAAGGUGAAGUUUAUGAAUGAGUAGGACUAAGACGACUUUGCCAGAGCUAGAAAGUACUCUUUUUCAAAGGCCCAGGACCUCCUAGCAAGUAAACAUUGCCCUCUGUCACGGUCUUAAUGACACUCUCACUAUAUAGAGUUUAAUUAUCCUUGCCAGAAUCAAAGGACUUUGUAGAAGAAAGGAGCAGAGGUGUGUUAACAUGAUUGUCCAUUUGAUUGGGCUUAUUCAGUGGGUAAUACUAGUUUAUGUUAAGAGUAGGAAAGAGCUUGCAUGUGUUAGGACUUUUCUCCCAUGAUGUCAAGGACUGUUUGCAUGACAUUCUGAAAGAGGGGAAGGGGUGGUGGUGGUGGAGAGGUGGAUAACAGAUUGGUAACCCUAUCCACUUGUCCCACAUUGGUUUUGCGUUAAACUAGGUAUUCCAAGUCAGUGCUAUAGUGUGGCCAUGGAAGAGAGGGUUAAAUGUCUCUUCAUGCUGCCAGCACUGUCAGGGCCAUUCUAGGAACUUCCUCCUAAUUAUUUUACUUAUUUUUAUUCUCUCUGCCCCUAACACACUGCAGCCACACAGGGUAAAAUGGACAGAAAAGGGAUGGGGUUGAGAAGCCUCUCCCAAUCCUGACUGCAGUUGGGCCACUAAAGUUUAAACAAACAAACAAAAAUAGCAGGAAAUGACUUCUCAGCCACCUCUGUGACUUCCUACAAAGUUGGUGACUCACUGCCUGAUUGGUAAUCUGCUGCUGGCUUAUGGAUGUUCACACAGGGCAGCAUUAGAAUGGGUUAAUUUUGCACUGCAAACGUAGCUCAUCAGUCCUGAAGUGCCUAACCUAGCAGAAAAAGUAAAUAUGCUCACAGAUAACAAGACUGUGCUGUUAAGCUGUAUUUUCCCCUACUCCAGAAGAUUCUGCUUUUGGCACCAUCUUCUCUUAAAAGAAUUUUAAUGUAGCUUUGAAAAAACUUGUUCUGUGCUAGCUGUCAAGUGAAUUGUCAAUUACUGGAAAUCAGUGAGCAGCUAUAUGCACCAGCAAAGAUUUGUGGGCCUGUGCUGAGAACACUUGCAUAUCUUUCGUUGUUCCUCCCACCUGCGUGAUGCGCAGAAACAAAAAAUAAUUGCAAAUGAAGCUUUUCUGUAUUAUUUGUUUUUCCCAUCUUACUGACUGCUGUGUGCCAACUGUGAUUGGGUAGUCCUGUGUCUGCAAGCUUGCAAAAUACAUGCAUUAAAAUAUAACAGUAUUGGAUCACUGGGAUGGCAGCUGUUUCUCAAAUUUUCCUUGAAUAUAAGUAAUGCUGCCUUUUUGAAAUGUACAGAUUUUUUAAAAUGCACAGAUUGAUUUUUGUCUUGUUAAUGUCAAAAGUUUAAUUAAAAUUGUAUUCCUGUC